UGAUCAAGCAGGAGAUAAUGAUGAUCUAAGGCCCUGGAAUACGUUUUUAAUACCACCGUAUUUGAACAGCAGUGUAUUAGAUUUCAGAUCAGAGAACCUGAACGUUGCAGGAGGGAACUUUACAAUGUUGGAACUGGCAGUGGCCACUGAAAAUUUCUCGGCUGAAAAUCUCCUAGGGGAAGGCGGAUUCGGAUAUGUUUACAAGGGAGUUCUCCCCAAUGAGAGAAAAAUUGCAGUGAAGCGGUUAAAGUUGGGAAGUAGACAGGGGGAACGUGAAUUUCAAGCGGAGUUGGAGACGAUAAGCCGAGUGCAUCACAGACAUUUGGUUUCCAUGAUUGGAUAUUGUAUUGCAGGCACUGAACGCUUGCUUGUUUAUGAGUUUGUUGAAAACAGCACCUUGGAAUAUCAUUUACAUGGGAAAGAUAGUCCUGUUAUGGACUGGGGAACUAGAAUGAGAAUCGCGAUAGGUUCUGCAAAAGGACUGGCAUAUCUCCAUGAGGACUGUAAUCCAACCAUUAUACAUCGUGAUAUCAAAUCAGCUAAUAUUCUUCUCAAUUCCAAGUUUGAAGCAAAGGUUGCAGACUUUGGACUUGCCAAGUUCUUUACUGAUACCAAUCAUGAUAUAACUCAUGUCACCACCAGGGUGGUCGGAACUUUUGGGUAUCUUGCUCCAGAGUAUGCAUCAAGUGGAAGAGCUUCUCAUAAAUCAGAUGUCUUCUCCUACGGUGUCAUACUUUUGGAGCUUAUUACUGGACGUAAACCAUUGAGCAAAGAUUUCUCAUCCACAGAUUUCUUGGUUCCAUGGGCCAAGCCUUUGCUUAGACUAGCUAUGGAAAACAACAAAUUUAACACUCUUGUUGAUCCACGACUGGGAAACAACUGCAACUAUGAUGAGAUUGCCAUAAUGGCAUCCUGUGCUGCAGCCUGUGUGCGCAAUUCAGAACAGCUGCGACCACGUAUGAGUCAGAUACUACGCACCUUGGAAGGUGAUGUGUCUCCAAUGGAACUCUUCAGUGAUGGAACAAGACCUGGAUACAGUUCGUUUCAUGACGUUUUUGACAUCCUACACUUGGGCUCUGGACAAACCGGGAACACGAGUGAUCCCCAAACAAGAUUACUACGUCGCUCAGGAACUAAUUACCACAGGCGACUCUAAAUCUCAACACAUAUAUGUAGCUUAAACAAAACUAAAUUAU